AUGACCGGCCGAGCAAGUUCACCCUGUGCUUCCUGCAAGCUUUUGAGGCGGCGCUGCGCGGAGGACUGCAUCUUUGCACCUUACUUCCCUCCCGAAGACCCUCUUAGUUUUGCCAUUGUUCACAAGGUCUUUGGUGCCAGCAAUGUUAGCAAGAUGUUGCAGGAGCUUCCAGUUCAUCAGAGAGCAGAUGCAGUGAGCAGUUUAGCAUAUGAAGCAAAUGCAAGAGUUCGAGACCCGGUGUAUGGAUGCGUUGGGGCGAUUUCCUGCUUACAGAAUCAAGUGUCCGAGCUCCAAAUGCAGCUUGCACAGGCUCAAGCAGAGAUGCUUUGCAUUCAGAUGCACCAAGACCCUACAUUGCCCAUACGGACUGAUCCUCCUAAUAACUUUCCACACUAUCACACAUUUGAUUCUUCUACCAAUGUAAUGCAAUACCACAACAAUACCUUCUAA